AUGUCUCCUCCAACCUCUCCACUUCCACUCCCUGAAACUACCCGCCAGCGGGCUGCUACGGCCAUGAGCUUUUCAUCCCAUCACUCUCGCCGGAGUAGUGCUUCUGCCAAUAGACUCGAGUUGACCGAGACUGCAAAAGAUAAGAGGAGGUUAAAUACAAAGGCGGAUCCUUCCAAGGCAUUGAAUGAGGCCACUCCAGCGGAACAAGCACAAGAAGAAUCAACUGUCGACGACCUGCGCAGAAUGGUGCACAAGGACGGUGAAGGCAACCCCAUCAUCGACCCUGAUCGUUCAAACCCUACACGCCAUCGCUUUGAGCGGCCUCUCGACACCAUCCGUGCGUUUGAAGCCGCCGCAGAAGGUACAAGCACUCGCCGUUCAUCCUUCACCCGACCACCAUCUCAAGCCGGUUGGAAUGGCGAUACCAACCGUCGCGCAAGCUACUACUCUAAUAGUGGAUAUUCACCUCAGCGCCCACGCCCUUCCCCGAGCGGUGGCUACUAUCGCAAUUCCUCCUACGGGCAUGGUCCUCAAACCUCGCUAGAAGAGGCACCAGGGGCUGCGCAAAUGUACGCUCGGAAUCCUCGCACACUCUCCAACCCGUACCAUCCGCCUCAAGCUGUGCAGCAAAAUGGGUUUCCGAACGGCGACAGCCCAAUAUCUGCACACUCAUAUCAGCACUCUUAUGAGACCAUGACCUCCGGCUCCGACGAAUACUCGAAAUCGACCAAUCCGAGUUCGCAAAAUAGUUCCUUUGAUCAACUGCACCAACUCCGCAAGCCUGAGGAUUACCCGUCAGAGAAUGCCUAUGCAAAUGAGAUGCGUUUCAACGGGGCAAUUCCUCCCAAGCCAUUUUCACCAUAUGGCAUGCACAAUGCCGUGAAUGGGCAGGAAAUAGCCUCGCCUCCUUCCAUGCAACCUCAACAAUUCCCGCCCAAUAACCCUCGGCAACCUAUCAAACUGAAUGGCUCGCCAUCCGACCCUCCUUUCAAUGGUACCAGCUCGAGCGGCCCGACCACACCGCCGGCCACUCCGAAGAAGCAGAGCUGGAUCAAACGCAGGUUUAGUCGUCGCGACAGCUGA